UUAGCUUUAGGCACUGCAUAUCGAUAUAUAUAUAUAUAUAUAGACAAUAUAUAGAUAUGAAGAGAAAAACUCCUCUUGAAGUGAGAAAAGGUGCUUGGACUCCAGAAGAAGAUAGUAUUCUAAGGAAGUGCAUUGAGAAAUACGGUGAAGGUAACUGGCAUCAAGUUCCUCUUAAAGCAGGUUUAAACAGAUGCAGGAAAAGUUGUAGACUGAGGUGGUUGAACUAUCUAAGUCCAGAUAUAAAGAGAGGAGUCUUUGCAUCAGAUGAAGUUGAACUCAUUAUCAAACUUCAUAAGCUCUUAGGCAAUAGAUGGACACUGAUUGCUGGUAGACUUCCGGGAAGGACAGGAAAUGAUGUGAAGAAUUACUGGAACUCGCACCUUCGGAUUAAGGCUGUGGCUCGCGGCACAGACGCAGUAACCAAAGCUAUAAAGCCUCGACCUCGGAGAUUUGCAAGCAAUCAAGUCUGGUUUAAUGGAAACACUACCAUUAAUGUAGACAACAACACUCAAUCUCGAGACACACCCACCAACAAGCCUUCAACAACAUCACCUCUAAAGGUUGAUGAAAUUCUGUGUUGGUGGGAUAACAUGGAGUUCAUUGACAAUGGAGUACUCACAUGGUCCAUGGAUGGCUCAGAUGAGGAUCAGCUCAUUGCAAGCCUUUGGAGUACUGAUGAAGUAGCCACUGGAGUCAAUAUUGCAAGUGACAGUUCUGUUGAUCAUGUGGACAAUUGGAAUUUUCUGUAAUUUUUAAUAGGAAUGGGAUCCUGAUAAUUUCGUCUUUCUUGUACUUUUGAGCUCGUUAGGAGUAAUGUUAGGAGUAAUAUUGUGAGUGAGUGAGUGCUUAUAUUUGAUUUUUUGAAUAAAAUAAAGUGAAAGAGAUAAAAAAAAAACAAAAAACAAACCUAUCGACGGGUAGAUGGUUCUACGAUUUGUGUUGGUAAAGUUGACUCAGUUUAGUACGUGAGAUAUAAAAUUUGUAAUAUA